AGAAUUCGACUCUUGCCUUAUCCUUUCCUAAAUCUUAGUCCUCCUUUGUAAUAAAAACAAAAAUAAAAUAAAGAAAGUUCACUAUCAAGAUCAACCAACUCAAGUAUAGGGACUCAAAAACAAAGAGCCAAGCAAAGCUUGUGCCAUUGGGCCAUGGGUCCAUUGGUCAUUGGCUCAUUGGGCCACCUAGCCAUCUAUCCAAACUCAUUUCCAAAACCGAAGGAGAGGCAACCAAUAAGUUAUAACGGGUGAUCCAAAACCCCACACCCUCUCUCUCCUCCCUCCCUCCAAACAACACCACCAACACUCUCUCUUCGCAUUCUCACUCUUCAACUACCGCCAUGGCCUCCGUCGCUUUCAGCGGCGCCGCCACUGCCGCCACCACAUCUCGGCGUCUUCCCGCCUCGGCUAAACUAUCUCUCUCUCCCUCCUCCUCCUCCUCCUCCUCCUCUCUCAAACUCCUCGGCUCCACUCCGAUCGUUUCCCGCCUCUUCCUCAAACCCAAACGCUGCUCGGCGGCUCCGCUGCCUAGCCGAGCGUUCAGCUCAGCCGCCGCCGCUCCCAAGUGCCUCGCUUCUGACCCGGAGCAGCUGAAGCUCGCCAGAGAAGACGUCAGGGAGCUUCUCAAGACCACUUUCAGCCACCCAAUUCUGGUUCGGUUGGGAUGGCACGAUGCUGGUACUUACAACAAGAACAUUGAGGAGUGGCCAAGAAGAGGUGGAGCGAAUGGGAGCUUGAGGUUUGAGAUUGAGCUUAAACACGCAGCCAAUGCAGGUCUUGUCAAUGCAUUGAAGCUCAUUCAGCCUUUAAAAGACAAGUACUCUGAUGUAACAUACGCAGACUUGUUCCAAUUGGCCAGUGCUACUGCUGUUGAGGAGGCUGGGGGACCAAAGAUUCCUAUGAAGUAUGGGAGAGUUGAUGUUUCGGCACCUGAGCAGUGCCCAGAAGAAGGGAGGCUUCCUUCUGCUGGCCCUCCUUCACCUGCUGAUCAUCUGCGUGAGGUUUUCUACAGAAUGGGGUUAAAUGACAAGGAAAUAGUAGCAUUAUCAGGGGCACACACUCUGGGGAGGUCCAGACCUGAUCGCAGUGGUUGGGGCAAGCCAGAGACAAAGUACACGAAAGACGGGCCAGGGGCACCAGGAGGACAGUCUUGGACAGCACAAUGGUUGAAGUUUGAUAAUUCCUACUUCACGGAUAUCAAGGAAAAGAAGGAUGAAGAUCUUCUGGUGUUGCCAACUGAUGGUGUUCUUUUCGAAGAUCCAGCAUUCAAGGUAUAUGCUGAGAAAUAUGCUGAAGACCAAGAGGCGUUCUUCAAGGAUUAUGCUGAAGCUCAUGCUAAACUCAGCAACCUGGGAGCCAAAUUUGAUCCUCCAGAGGGUAUUGUGAUCGAUGAUGGUCCUUCACAGCCAGUACCAGAAAAGUUUGUGGCAGCCAAAUACUCGUCUGGCAAGGAUUAAAAAGCAUCAUGUUUUCUAGUGCCGUCUCUUUUAAUAAUACAAGAUGAAGCUAUUUUCAAUACACACAUAUAAUAGUUGGAAGUCUUAAAUGAAGGAGAAAGGAAUAAAUUCAGUAGUAUUACCUAUGUGAAUUGCAGAGAGAGCUGUCAGAGAAUAUGAAGCAGAAGAUUCGGGCAGAGUAUCAAGCUGUUGGUGGAAGCCCAGAUAAGCCUCUACAGUCUAAUUAUUUUCUGAACAUUAUAAUCGUGAUUGGGGUUUUGGCACUUUUGACAUCGUUGGUUGGAAACUGAAUUUUGGGUCUCUGCUGUUGUUUCUUUUUCUUUUUUAUCAAUGAGAGUUGCAUUGGUUGCCUAUAUGUGGGGUUUAUCUAACAAUAUCAAACAAUAUAUAUGUAAGUUUCUUCAUGUGUAUACUUCAAUUUUGGUCACAUCAGAGCUAGUUCAGCUUUUGAGAGUAUCAAAAGAUUAUGUGUUCUUCCCUUUUGACUGAAAAAUGGUUAUUGAAAUUCCUGCAUUACUGAAAGAACCCAAAUGAAACAAGUGUGACCGGGCGGCUGAACUUCCAUGGUAAUACAACUGAAAAAUGUUGUAUUUCUGACUGAUAAAUUGAAUUCCGAUGAUCAUCUCAGGAGCUGAUUCUUUUGUUCCAUUGGUUUUCACCUGCGCUGCUACAAACCUGUCAUUAUUCCCUAUUCAGCACCAAGAAAAAUGUAUUUGCAUUUCUUAAUCCAUUUGUGGCUAUGUUAUUUUACCAGACAUUUUUGUAACACUAACAUGUAAACAGAGGGAAUACUCCAAGCCAUCAAUUGGUUUUUCCUGCUUUU